GCCGAUUUUAUGAAUCAAUAUUUUAUUGAAAAGUAUUUAAUAAAAAUACUUUAGAUUUACUCAGUUUAACCAAGAUUUAACGCAUUCAUACUACAAAAUAAGAAUGUGAACAUGACUUAUGUGAUUCUUACAAAGCCAAGAUCUGUUACUGUGGUCCAUACCUCGGAUUAAAUGCUACAAUGGGUAAUGGGGCAUCAUUCCUGCGUACACAGGAUGAUGACGACAUUCUGGGCACUGAUCUUGACGGAAGCAGUAAAGGGGUUAUCAAAAGAAUCCCUAUUGAAAUGAAGCCACGUGGGAAGCUCGGCAACAAAAUUACAAACUCUGUGCUUAGGAAACCAAAAGGAGGAAGUUUAAGAUCAGCUUUAUCGAUAGACCUUGAAAAUCCGGAGGUAGAAAGAAUAAGAAGAGAGUAUGAAAUUUAUCGCCUCAACACUGAAAAUGAACUUCAAAACUUGACAAGAGAGAAACAGAAACUUGAAACCGAUAACAGGCGUCUCCGUGCAGAGCUGACAGUGUUACAAAGGACAUGUAACACCAUGAGACAGGAACGUGACGCAGCGUAUGAGGAAAAACAGCAGGCUCUUGUGAGGUCAGCUGCGUUUGAACACGACAGGGAUAAGGUUCAGCGUGUGUUUAAGAUAUUUCGCGAGACAAAGGAAAGUGAGAUACAGAAUCUACUGCGAGCAAAACGUGAGCUGGAAAACAAACUGAACAAGCUGGCCCAUGGAUUUUUCAGUGAGGAUGCUGACAACACCUCUCGCACAGGGCUUGAUACCAACAGUACACCAGGCGACUGGUGGACCACUGUGGAGAAUGAUUCCUCCAUGGGCAGUCAGAUCCAACUCAAUCCUCCCACCCUCACUCCCCGAGGCCCAGAGACCAUCAGAUUCCCAAUGUCUCUAGAGUUUGAUGGGCCUUUUACAGAUAUCAACAAAGAGGACUGGUCCUCUGCGAUGGCAAACCUUAACCAGAUAAUUCCUGUAAUACCGGAGCAGUCUCUGAGCUCGGCCAUACGUAUGUACAUCAGUGCACCAAAGGAUGCGCAGGGAGAAGUGGACACCUUCAUGAGGGAGUACCACCCCAGACUGAACAAUGUCUGUGAGCAGGAGGGGCGUACAUUGGUCACUGUACACUUGUUCUAUGAUGAGCUGGAUAGUGCACACACCAAUCAGAAUUUGCAGAUAGGCAGCAGAAAACACCAUGCAGGUAACUCGUCUAUAUUUCUGGCGUUCCUCGGUGAUUGCACAAACAAGUACACGGCCCUUGAGUACCGCGUCGGACAUCUUGAUCAUCCCAGCACCCGUACAGCAGUGUUCUGCUUCAGAGAAAUUAGGAGCUCCAAGUCAAACUCGGAAUCCCGUGAAUUACGUAACCAGAUAAGGGACAGUGGAGGUGUUAAGAUCAUAGAUGGAUACCCAACACCCACGAAGGGUGCAGAGCUGGCUUACAUAGAACUGGAGAAAAUAAUCAACAUUGAACUUGGCCUAGAGGAUGGCAGAUCAGAGGAAGAUGAAUUAGAGUGUAGGGAAGGUGAUAUACAAGAAAACAUACCUGGGGUGUGGGAUGUCAAUUGCAACUACGAGCAGAUGGAAGCCUUUAACUAUGCAGUCAAGUCCAGCUGUGAACUAGCCUUUGAAAAGCACUAUGAGAGGUUGAAUGCCCAUGUAUUGUCCGCAGGACCACUACCUCCACUGUUAAUACUCAGUCCAUCAGGAGUAGGACGUACACUUCUUAUGACUAAAUGGAUCCAGCUUCAAGCAGAGAAGGCUCCGGGCAGUGUGGUGCUCUACCAUUUUGUAGGGGCUGACAACUCUAUAGGGGCCGAUCCUGUGGUCAUGAUCCGCAGAAUUACCUCACAGCUAAUGCAGCAUGUAUCCUCACCCCCGUCACUGACGUCAGACCCUGCACGCCUUGUAGAGGAGUUUCCCCGCUGGCUGGAGAAAGUCUCAUCCCGUACUGCUGGAGGCGUUAUACUGGUGUUGGAUUCUAUAGAUAGAUUACUUCAACCUGAGGUUCACUUGAAGUGGCUGUUGGACCCUCUCCCGGUUGAUGCCAGAGUGAUUGUGUCGGCCCACGAGGAGACCUGUCCACAGGCGUGGAGGUCAUGGCCAACUCUACAGGUUGAGCCACUUAGCAACAAAAAUGUAAAGGAACUACUGAGGGCGGAACUAGCCACCUUGGGGGCGGGACUAAAUGCUCAGGAUGAAACCAAGGUGCUUACCCACUGUAGAACACCCGCUACAUGCGUACCUCUCUAUGUUAUGGUGCUAUCCAGACACAUCGCUGAUUGCUAUGGUGUUGAGACUAAGGUUACAUCGCACCUGGAUGCUCUACUUACCUCAAGUGACUGUGUUGGACUCUAUAUCAAAGUGUUAGAACUAGUCAAGGCUGACCUGGAAACUACUGAAUCAAGGGGAUUAACCAGACAGAUUUUGAGGUACCUGUACACCAGUAGAAGUGGUCUGAGUGAGAAUGAACUACUGGAUCUGAUACCCGGGCUGUCCUGGGGGUUUCUAGCCCUGUUCUGUUACACCCUGCAUCAGCGUCUUGUCAUCAAGUACCAAGCGGGGCUUAUCAUGUUUGCACAUGAACAGGUGUACAAAGCUGUGCAUGACUUCAGUUUCGGCAAAGAUGAGAGUCGUGUGGUCAACCAGAUACAGCAGAAACUUAUUCACUACUUUAAGGAAAAAAUGAGUUGUGGUAAACCAAGUUGCCGGGUAACAGAAGAGUUGCCAUGGUUACUGUGUGAAGUGGGGGACCGGGAGCACCUGCGAGCAUGCAUUCUGGAUAUGUUUGUCUUCCAGAAGAUGUACGCAAGGGGUCGGUGUAACGAGCUACUACACUACUGGAAUAUGGUGGGGUCGGAUAAGGCCAGCAUGGCUCAAGCUUACCUUGAUGCCACUAAAGAUAUGGAGGACUCUGUAAGUCGUUAUGAGGGUCAGGUAUCGCUGGCAGACAUUGCAGACCUGUAUGAAACCCUGGGCAAGUUCAUAAAGGAUCUCGGACAGUUCAACCAGGCACUCUCAGCCUUACAGAAGGCUUUAGAAGUUCGGGAAACAGCAUUAGACCCAGACCACCCAAUAGUUGCCCACUCGCUCCACCAACUGGCCGGUCUACACGCUCACUGGAGCAAGUUCACCUCCGCUGAGUCCCUGUAUAACCAGGCCCUGGACAUCUACCGGACAGCGUACGGGAAUGACCACAUGAUGGUGGCCAGGGAGCUGGAUGCCUUGGCUGUGCUGUAUCAGAAACAGGAGAAAUUAGAGCAUGCUGACCUGUUGAAGAAGAAGGCCAUGUCAAUAAAGAAGGGAGUGAAAACACCGCGGACCAUGACGCCCCGGGGUCAGGGUAUGGAUACACUACGUAAGCGGGCGUUACACCUCGAGGGGUUGUGUAUGGGCCCUGACUCAGCUGCCCAGGGACGGACCCUUAAUGAACUGGGGGUGCUUAACUACCUCCAGAAUGACUUUGAUACUGCUGAGAAGUUCUUCAAGCGUUCCUUAGAGAUGCGAGAGAAUGUCAUGGGGCCAGACCAUCUGGAUAUUGCCCAGUCACUUAACAACCUAGCGGCCCUGUACAAUGACAGGAAGAUGUACAGUGUAGCUGAGCCCCUGUAUGAGAGGGCGUUGAAGAUACGGCAACAAAACCUCGCACCGGACCACCCUGGUGUGGCCUCAAUCAUUUCACAUCUUGCUCUUUUGUAUAGAAAACAGGGUAAACAUGAGAGGGCAGAGCCCCUGUACAAACAGACAGUGGAGAUUAGAGAGCGGGCGUUUGGUCCGGAUCAUCCAUCAGUAGCCACAGCAUUAGUCAACCUGGCAGUGCUCCUUUCACAACAGAACAAGCACAAUGAAGCUGAGCCUCUGUAUGACCGAGCGUUACGAAUCUAUGAGGAGAGCCUUGGACUUCACCAUCCGAGAGUGGCUGAAACUCUACGCAACCUGGCAUUGCUCAAAUAUGAUCAGCGUGACUUUGAGACAGCGGCCAAGCUGUAUAAGCGAGCUACGGAGAUAAAGGAACAAGACACAACGUACCAGGGGAAAGACUUGAUCUCAGGCCGAUCUUCAAGUGGUGAUACAACAUCAACUGUGAAAAACCUUCUACAUCCUUGAGUAUCUGUAAUAAGUUAUGUGAAAUUCAUUUUUGCUAUGAAACACCCUGUGCCCCAUAUUGUGACAAUGGUGUCUUUUUAAUAGAUCAAAAUGGGGUUUGAGGACAAGGGGAAGGAGACUUCAUCUCAGGGCGAAGAUCUCAAGAGGGGACACCUCAUCAACUGUAAAAAUCAUAUUUACCCUGUGCCCCAUAUUAUGACAAUGCUGUAUUUUUAAUGGAGCUACAUGUAUGGCACUGAAAGAACAAGGGAAAGAACCUCAUCUGAGACUGGUUGGGAUACUGCUGCUACUGUAGAACACCUGUUUCAUUGAGUAUCUAUGUCUGAUUUAAGCAACAUCAAUCAACAUUUGCCCCAUAUUUGUGUUGUGUUGACGAAUGAGGUCAUAAGGAAUGUUCAACCAAAGUCGUAAAAUUAGACAAUGCAGCUACACCAAAGCUGACUGCACAAUGUUGUCUCCAAAUAUUUAUUACAUUACCUUAACGCAAUUAUCUGCUGGCAUGUGAUAAUUUAUAACAUGUCUGAGCGAAAGGUAGAAAAUAUAAGUGUUUGUGAAAGUCUAAGUGUCAUUGUCGUCGUCAACACAGUCAUUUGGUGUCUGUCGAUGUCAUCACCGUGCUUUUGAUGCCAUUGUCGACGUCAUUUUCGUAAUUAUGGUGUCAUUUCGACGUCAUCGCCGUUCUUUUGAUGCCAUUGUCGACGACAUUUUCGUAUUAUGGUGUCAUUGUCGACUUCAUCUUCGUACCCAUGGUGUCAUUGUCGACGUCAUAUUCGUAUUAUGGUUUCAUUGUCGACAUCAUCUUCGUACCCAUGGUGUCAUUGUCGACGUCAUAUUCGUAUUAUGGUGUCAUUGUCGACGUCAUCAUUGUACCCAUGGUGGCAUUGUCGACGUCAUCUUCGUGGCCUUGGUGUCAUUGUCGACGUCAUCACGGUACCCAUGGUGCCAUUGUCGACGUCAUCACCACAAGCUCGGUUUCAUUUUCGACGCCAUCACCGUGCCUUUUGUGUCAUUGUUGAUGUAAUCACUGCGUCUUUGGUGACGUUGUCGAUGUCGUCACUGUGCCUUUAGUGACAUUGUCGACGUCUUUACCGUGUCUUUGAUGUCAUUGUCGACGUCAUCACCGUGCCCUUGGUGUUAUUGUCGACGUCACCACCGUGUCCUUGGUGUCCUUGUCGACGUCAUCACCGUGCCCAUGGUGUCGUUGUCGACGUCAUCAUCGUGCCCUUGGUGUCAUUGUCGACGUCAUCACCGUGCCCUUGGUGUCAUUGUCGACGUCAUCACUGUGCCCUUAAUGUCAUUGUCGACGUCAUCACCGUGCCCUUGGUGUCAUUUUCGACGUCAUCACUGUCCCCGUGGUGUCAUUGUCGACGUCAUCACCGUCCAGUUGUCAUUGUCGACGUCACCACCGUGCCCUUAGUGUCACUGUCAACGUCAUCACCGUGCCCUUGGUGUCACUGUCAACGUCAUCGCUGUGCCCUUGGUGUCACUGUCAACGUCAUUACCGUGCCGAUGAUGUCAUGUUCGACGUCAUCGCCGUGCCCUUGGUGUCAUUGUCAACGUCAUCGCCGUGCCCUUGGUGUCAUUGUCAACGUCAUCGCCGUGCACUUGGUGUCAUUGUCAACGUCAUCACCGUGCCGAUGGUGUCAUGUUCGACGUCAUCGCCGUGCCCUUGGUGUCACUGUCAACGUCAUCGCCGUGCCCUUGGUUUCAUUGUCAACGUCAUUACCGUGCCGAUGGUGUCAUGUUCGACGUCAUCAUCGUGCCUUGAUGUCACUGUCAACGUCAUCACCGUGCCGAUGGUGUCAUGUUCGACGUCAUCACCGUGUCCUGGGUGUCAUUGUCAACGUCAUCGCCGUGCCCUUGUUUCACUGUCAACGUCAUCACCGUGCUGGUGGUGUCAUGUUCGACGUCAUCGCCGUGCCCUUGGUGUCAUUGUCGACGUCAUCACCGUUCCAAUCGUGUCUUUUUCGACGUCAUCAUCGUGUCCUUGGUGUCAUUGUCGACGUCAUCACCGUGCCCUUGGGUGACAUUAUCGACGUCAUCACAGUAUCAUUGGUGACAAUGUCGACGUCAUCACAGUGUCAUUGGCGACAUUGUCGACGUCAUCACAGUGUCAUUGGUGACAAUGUCGACGUCAUCACAGUGUCAUUGGCGACAUUGUCGACGUCAUCACCAUCCUCUUGGUGUCACUCUUGACGUCAUCACGGUGCACUUUAACCUUGGCCAUAACCCAACAUCUAUUCAUUAUAUAUUUUUUAAACUUGGUACAGUUGUUGCCAGAGAUUUCACGCACGUGUGCAGCAAAGCCCAUAACGUAUGACUAUCAAUGUAGUAUCUUCAUCCCUUAUUGCUGUAAAAAAUCCGGUCAACCUGCUUAUGCUUUCAAAUCGACUUGUUUAACUGUGAUGCACGUUUUAUUUGAUCAAGUUGUCUGUUUUUCACAUGCUAGUUGAAUGUUUAAUUUCAUUCAUCACCUUCAUGAUACAUCUGUGAUAAGGUUCAUGUUUAUUUACAUGUUUCACAAAACUUUUCCAUGAGGCUAAGUUACAGAGUACAACAAGUAUGAAUCUGGGAGUAUGAAUUAUAUUGGUCUCAGAUUUUAAUAGACAGUAACAGUAUUACAAUUACUACCGUUCACCUCAUACAUAUCGGUGUUAUUUGCUGAAACACCCAUUUAUCUAACUGCUGCUAGCGCUGUCAUAUUCUUUGACUAUCGAUGGUUUCAGUGUGCAAACCAAAGUAUAAAAAAAAACACCGCCUUACACUUAAAGCAGUUACAUACAACCAUUUAAAAAUAUCGUGUUACACAGGAUGGACAGAAUUAUCUUUAAUUUAUAAAAUAAAAUGUUAAAUCUUGGGUUCCAGUUGCAGGCCCCUAAAAGUUUAAGUUUGGUGGUAUAGGUAUGCAUUUCUUUGUUGGCUGUGUAAAGUUAUGCCCAGCUUUGGAAUAACUGUUCUUCAUGUGCACAUUGAUAUGAAAUUAUCUCCAUUUGUAGUUUGAAUUUCAUCAAGUUGCCAAGUCGAGAAUAUUUGUUUUAAUAAAAACUUAGAUUUUCUGUUUCUGGAUAAACGACUGAGAGUGACCAUAAGACUUAUCAUGAGAGAGUAAAACGUUCAAGGCCUCCGAAAAAGUAAAAAACAACAUUUUUUUCGAGGUUUUCAAAAACAGACAAAGUAAAACAUAUUUUAGUCAUUAUGUAACAGAAUACACGUAAUAUUUUUAUACUAGGUAUUGCUUCAGUUUUGAUUUUUGUACUCCAGUGUUAAUAUAUUGUGAAUAAGCCAGUAUUAUCAUAUUAUGAAAUUUAACAAUGAUAGUGAUUUUAACCAGUUUUCGUAAUGUCGUAAUUGUGAUAGCAUUUUAUACAUGUCCGUUUCUGUCCGUUUAGCUAGUUUUCCGUCCAUUUCGAGAUAUUUGUGCCAAAGUUUUGUAAAUUCUUGGUCUGAUCUGAUGUUUUAACUUUUGUUAUGAUUAUUUACAUGACUGUAUGUUUUAUUUAUAUGAUUAUAGUUGUUAUUAAUAGAAUUGUUUAAAGAUAUGUGAUAAAAUAUGUUUGCUAUAGUUGUUGAUGGAUAUAGUUGUAUUAUCAAAAGAUGCGCAAUUUCAUCAAAAAUGCAAUAGGCUCAGUUUUAGUAAUGAAAACAAAUUUUAAAGCAUUUUACGUUUACAAUUGUUGCUAUGCAGUUUACAGUUUUAAUAUGUAUUCUAUUUUCUAAGUCAAAAGCUAUGAAUUUCAUUUUGUUUUAUUUUACUCUUAAAGCUACACUCUCCGAGAUUGACAGUUUUAAAAAAAAAUAUUAGUUUUUGUCUCAGAAUCAGCUGAUUUUGGUAUAUCCAGUCACAUAAGAUAACUCACAAUUGAACAAAUCUCAAUUGUUUGGAAUACUUAUUUUUCUUCAAGCGUUAGUUACGCGUUUAGCCAUAAAAUAGCAAUUUUCGAGCGUAAAUAUGGACAACUGCGAACUGAUCUCUUGUCAGCAGUCUUGUAUCACUGGUUUUCAUACAUUUAAGCAAAAUUGACUCAUUCUAAGGCAAAAGAUAAAAAAGUUGACAAAACGGUCCCUGUGAGAGUGCAGCUUUACAGAUGUACAUGUUGAAUGUAUAUGAAUGCAGUAACUAUUCUCAUUGUUGAAUGUAUUAUCUGAUAAGUGUACAUGAUCAUAUACAUGCAUGAUACAUAUAUAACAUACAUAUCAUACAUGAUCAUAUAAUUGUUGAGUAGAUCAUAGCUGAAAAUAGUUUAGUACCGUCUAUUUUAUGUGAUAUUAAAUUUUG